AUGACUAUUCCCGACGAUAUCCUUGCUGCAGACGCAGCAGGGAGAAUCCCUAGCGGGGUGACUCUCGAAUACCUAGCAGAGUCCCGAGAUACCUCCGCCAUUGUGGGAAUCAUUUUCAUGAUAUGCUUCACGGGCCUAAUGAUGAUUUUACGUCUAUAUGCCCGGGCAUUCAUUGUGAAGAAGAUUGGUUUGGACGAUGCAUUGGCCGUCUUGACAUUGAUGCUCUACAUUGCCUUUGUGGCCCUCUCCAUCAUCCUGAUCAACCUGGGAAGCGGUCGCCACAUCGAAUACAUCCAAUAUGUGCUACCACUUCCCACCGUGCGCGACACCGAAGUCCUAGACUUUGUCGCCCACAUUAUCUACACAACGGCUCUAUUCCUAUGCCGUCUCUCCGGUCUAGCUUUCUACUUCCGGCUCGCAGCCCGCUCAACAAAGCUCCACCUCACCAUCAUCAUCGCCGCACCGCUCCUUCUCGCCGCCUACUUACCCCAGCUCUUCCUCCUGAUCUUCCACUGUAAGCCAGUAACAGGGCUCUGGCCCUACGAGUGGCAGGUCGAGCCGAAGACAUACGAUUGUCACACAUGGGGACUUGUGUACUCGGUGAACUCAGGGCUAUCUCUCGCAUGCGACAUGUUGAUGUUCGUGAUUCCGGCGGCACUCAUCAAGGGACUUCAUGUCUCCUUGGAAAAGAAGAUCAAGUUAUCUUUUGUGAUGUUCCCCGGUGUCCUCGUGAUCGCAAUCUCCGCAGUCCGCGUCUGGCUUGUAGCAGAGGGCCAAUGGGCAUCCGACGGCAGCUGGGCCUACAAUCCCAUGUUGUGUGUCGAGAGCGCCGAGAUCGCUGCAACUUUAAUCGCGCUCUCAGUGCCAGCACUGAAACCCGUCUUCGGAAACCUGUUUGCACACCUGACCGAGUACACCUCUAGCCACUCGCGCUCGCGCUCGACUAAGUUGCGCAGCCUCGGCCAGUCCAAGACUAUUGGCAGUGGUGCGGGCUCCAGCAAUCGGGAUAGCAAGCGUCUCCUUAAUUGGUCUAAGAUUGGGAAGGAUGAUUAUGAGAUGAUGCCUUCUGAGGUCUCGGUUUCGAGAGAUGUUAGAGGUGGGUCCAGGGCCAGUGUUCACAGUGGCGAGGCGGAGAACAAGAAUCAUGGUCCGCAGAGUCCAGGGAUUCGGGUUACGAAUGAGGUUAAUAUUAGUCGGGGGCUGGAGAUGGAUGUUGAGUUUGAGAAGCCCGGGUCUAGAGAGAGGUAG